AUGAAACGCAACUCUUCAAAGUAUAGUGACCAGAGAAGCUCAAAAAGAUCAGCCAAAAUCGAACCGAUCAUAAUGCCGCUGCAGCCAAUCAAGUGUUACCACCGGAUAGCCCCAAAAGAGCGCGUAUUUCUGGACGCGGCUGAACGAGGAGACAAGCACACGAUGUACCGCUGUCUCCAGCCACCGUUACCCGUUAACGUCAACUGCACAAACAUGAUCGGCAGAUCUGGCAUUCAGAUUGCUGUGGAUAAUGAAAACAUCGAAAUUGUCGAGCUGCUUUUGAAGCAAGAUGGUGUGAAGAUUGGCGACGCCUUGUUGUAUGCCAUACGGGAAGGUGUGUUUAAGAUUGUGGAAAUGUUAAUAGACCAUCCAUCUAUAACUCCAGAAAUGCUUGGAAACGAAUGGUCAAGGUCAAAAUAUGUCGGUGAAAUAGGCGACCCCGAAGAAAGCAAUGACUACUCCCCAGACAUAUCACCCGUUAUACUAGCCGCCCAUUGCAACCAGUUUGAAAUUCUCCAACUGCUCCUGAUGAGAGGAGCCAACAUCGACCGUCCACACCAGCUGUCUUGUUCAUGUCGCCGUUGUCAAGAAUUAGUCCACGAGGACGGUUUACGGCAUUCGUUACGCCGUAUAAACACAUAUCGAGCCCUUGCAAGCCCGGCUUGGAUCUCACUCACAAGCUCAGACCCAAUCUUAUCAGCAUUUCGGUUGUCAUGGGAACUGAAGAAUCUUGCUUUGCGUGAAAACGAGUUCAAAGACACGUACAUGGAGUUGAGUGGACAAUGCAAGAAAUGUGCCUGUGAUUUACUGGACCAGUGCAGGAGUACGGAAGAAGUCAUUGCCAUUCUUAAUCGGCCUUCUGAUGAGGAUGUGGAGGAUACCGGACGGGAGAGAGGGAAACUGACCCUCGCACGGCUGAAACUUGCCAUCAAAUAUGAGCAAAAGGAGUUUGUUGCCCAUCCGAACUGCCAGCAACUGCUGACAAGCAUAUGGUACGAAGGACUUCCGGGUUGGCGGAAAAGGAGCGCAUUGGCAAAGUUCUUCAUCUGUCUCGGCCUUAUCCUGAGUAUGCCCUUCAUGGCAGUGUAUUAUUGGGUGUUCCCAAUGAGCAGGAUUGGUCAGAUCCUCAGGAGCCCUUUCAUGAAGUUCCUGUACCACAGCGCAUCUUUUGGGGCCUUUCUGAUUCUCCUCAUUUGUACAUCUAUGCAAGUUUCCAGUAUCGAAGGAAGAGAGCGUCUGCGAGGUCCACCACCAACCGAAUUCGAGUGGCUUAUUUUUAUAUGGAUCACAGGGUUUAUUUGGUCGGAGUGCAAACAGUUGUGGGAGGAGGGGUUGAAAGCGUACAUUCGUCAGUGGUGGAACUGGCUAGACUUCAUCAUGCUCUCGCUCUAUCUCACCGCCUUCACCCUCCGCUUCCUCGCCUAUUUCCAAAUUGAAUCUGGCCGCUAUGGCCCCAGAGAACUCGAACGAGUAAACUGGCCCCUUUAUGAUCCUACCUUGGUAUCCGAAGGACUUUUUGCAGUUGCCAAUGUGUUUAGUUUUGCAAGGAUAAUUUUUCUAUGUCAAGCUGAUCAGUAUUUAGGCCCUUUACAAAUAUCGUUGGGCUGUAUGCUUGUUGAUAUUGCGAAGUUCUUGCUCAUAUUUUUCCUUGUGAUAACUUCAUUUGCCUGUGGACUGAACCAAUUGUUCUGGUAUUAUACACCGACCGCAGAUGGAUAUUCGCUUUCAUUUUACUCGUUGGAGAACAGCUACCGAACCCUUUACUGGUCCCUAUUUAGCAUGACUCAGUUGAAGGAUAUCAAGAUUCCCGGCAGCCAGGCGUUCACAGCUCUGAUUGGGGAGAUGUUGUUUAUGGCCUACCAGACUAUGGCCGUCAUCGUGCUUAUCAAUAUGCUCAUUGCCAUGAUGUCAAAUUCAUUUCAAGAAAUUGAGAACCACGCAGACAUGGAGUGGAAGUUCACUCGCUCGAAGCUCUGGAUGGGCUACUUUGACCAGGGCUCCACCCUACCCCCUCCCUUCAACAUCGUUAUCAGUCCAAAAUCUAUCUUUUACUGCACCAGAGCAUUAAGAGACCUGUUUGGGAAAUGCUGUCAUAGACGAACGUCAAAAUCCCGUCGGAAAUUUAAAACAGCUGACAAGGGUUAUCAAACUUCCGCUAGUUCCAGUUUUAAUGGAUACACUGGAUCGGCAUUUCAUAAGCCCACCUGCAACGGUGAUGCGAUUGGUCAGCAAGGCGAACAAACAACCUAUGAAGACAUAAUGCGACGGCUCGUAACAAGAUACAUCCAUCAGACAAAGAAACAAAGACGUCAGAAUGGCGUCAACGAGGACGACCUGCUCGAAAUAAAACAGGAUAUAUCAAGCUUACGGUACGAAAUACGAGAAGAUCGGAAAAGGGAGACAGCUAGAUCUGAAUCAUACUUCGAAAGCUUGAGGAGCAAUAUUCUCGCUUCCUUGAAAGAAACUAGACCAAUUCACACAGGCAACAAAAGUAGAUAUUUUCAUGCGGGCAUGGUUGCACCAAAAAGUCAUCUUGGAAGUAGAGAGGGUGACAAUCGCUCAACGCGUACUUUUCAACCUAGCGAUUGCUUUGUUGAAGCGCAAACGGACACAUUCAACAGGGAAACAUACCAUAUUCCACGAACGAAUGACAAUGACGAAGUAAAGAAUAUUUCCACGGAAUCUCGAUUCAGUGAUAAACCAGCUAACUACACAGCAGCAAAGAUAGAAAGCUACCUUCAACAUCUUGGAGAGAACGGUUCAAUCCAGACUUCAGACAGUACACACUUACCAAAUCUAACAAACGAUCCAUAUAAAUCACAUGUCGGACAGGUGUUUGUUCCUCGACCGACUUCAUUCUUGUGCCCACUUCAUAACCCAGAAGACACUACAGACACGCAGAUACAUGCAGCAACCCAAAGCCAAACAAAUACUACCGGUAGUAGAAUAUUAUCAGAUGCUAACAUAGAUGCAAUCAAACUUGAAAUCAUCGAAUCUUUACGCUCAGAACUGAGACAGACUGUAAAUGAUGCUACAUUCGAAUUAUUACAUCCGAACCAUCCCAUACAUUCCGUAAACAACGUUCCUGAACUUGCAUCCGAUCUCUAUCAGACACAUUUGUACACACAGCUGUAG